ACAGGAGCUGCCCCCUGGUGGUCAGUGUGCUCCCAUGAGGAGCACUGCUCAGCCAAGAGCUGGGCUCACAGCUGGCAAGCACAUUGGCGGUGGCAGGAGCCUCUCCUGCCUCCGCUGCAGUGUGAGAAGAUAAAGAUGACCAUGCGGAGACACUCGCAGAGGCUGGGGUACAGCAAGGAAGAGCUGGACAGGCUUAACAAGGCCAUCCAGCGGCUGACUGUGGAUGUGGACAGAGCUGAGAGUCAGCCCUGUGAACUAGAGGGAGCUCUGCAGGAGGAGGGUGCCUCAGGCAGAGUCAAGGGCAAGCUGGCCUGGUUGGAGGCUGCCCUGCAACGGGCCAGGCAGGAUAUGGUGCGGCAGCUGCGGGAGUACCAGGAGCUCAUGGUCGUCAAGCUGGGCCUGGACUUUGAGAUCGCCACCUAUCACAAGCUGCUGGAGGGCGAGGAGAGAAGGCUUGGCCUGAGACGGGAAGCAGAGAGCCUCAGAGCAGGCUCCGACGCCCUGGAGAGGAGCACUCCGGGCCGCAGCGGCCCGCUCUGCGGCUCCCCAGGCUGUGUUGGGGAAUUCAGCUGCAGAGACUUCCCCGGAUGUUGAACACUUCCUCUCCUGCUCCAAGAACCCUAGCCUUUGCCCCAAAGACUUGGUCUUCUGUCUCAGACGCCCCUCCCAUGGAUUCGGCCCUCGCCUCAUUUCUCCCUUGUGUCCCUCACCCUGGAGCAUAAAGUCUCAGUUUUGCCCUUUGAA